AUGGCGCUAAUGGCUGCCGUUGGCGCGCCAGGCAGAGGCUACUCCCCUUCGAUCCGCGCCUCCACCACCCUUGACCCUCGUCGCUUUGAUCGCAUCGCGGUCGUCAGCCACGUCGACUUUCAACCUCGCCAUGCAUCGUCAACGCGGCGACGCUGCGGAAGGUUCGAGUUCAUUGGCGGAAGAAUACCGCAUUCUAAGCGCGCAUUAGCCGUUUCCCGAAAGGGCUGCGGGCGCCGUUCCGCGGAUGCUCCGCCAAGGUGGCUGGUCACCCGCGCGGGGGGACUUGGAGGCGGGAAUGGCGAAGGGCCAGCGGAAGACGAGGGUAGAGGGGGACGCGCGCCCGCGGAAUGGGUAGCGAGGGAGGCGGAGGCGGCGGACCUGGACGCGCCGGUGCUACGGGUAAUGCGGGAACGGCGGGAGCAGGGGAAUGCAGGCGGAGCAGCAGCGGGAGACAGAGCGGAGGCGUCUAGCGGAACAUCGGCAACAGCGGGAGCACCGGCGGUAGCGCCAGAAGCACCGCGAACAAUAGCGGAAGCACUAGCAGCAGCGGCUGCAGUGGUGGCUAGUAGCGGCGAUUCAAAAGGAGUGAUUGGGCGCGACUGGGGUGCCACGUGGGAGGCCGUGACUAAAGCGAGGGACCUGAUGGACGAACAGGAGAAACGGAACGGGCAGGCCGCAGGGGAGAAUACAACGGGAGGGUUACUAGAAAGCUCGCCCUGGGAAUACCCCAGUCAGGGAGACACCGGAGCGUACAGUAGCGGGUACGGCGGUAGUGAUGCCGUUGGGAAAGAGGAGGAGGCGGCGAGAGUGGCGAUUAUUCGCGGGUAUGAGAGGCGGGCGGAGACGAGGGGGCGCACAGUCGUGGUGCGGCCAAUGGCGGGGUGCCACGUGGCAGCGCUGACGGAGAUGUUGACGGAUUCGUUCAUGGACUACAUGGGCGGCAUGACGUUCAAGCCGCUGCUGCGCAUGCAGAUCUCUGUCUAUGUGGCAGGCCGACUACGCAUUGUGCCACAUGGCGUGAUGCUAGUGGCUACUCUGGAGCAACCUCCUCACUCCUCCGACAGCGAGCCAGGUGCUGCUUCCUCCUCCUCUUCCUCCUCCUCUUCCUCCUCUUCCUCCUCCUCUCCCCCGCCUUCCCCCUCCUCCGACGUUCGUCGCUACAGCCUGCAGCAGCAGCCGCUACAGCCAGGCGCAGCAGCAACAGCGUCGCCACCAGAGGGGCCAGUGGUGGGAGUGGUGGAGCUGGCACUCACAGGCAAGGCGCGCCCUGCCUUCCCCACGCUUGACCCCCCGCCUCAUGCUGCUUACCUCUGCAACAUGGCCGUGGGACAUCAAUACAGGCGGCUGGGCAUCGCGCGAGUGCUGCUGUCAGCAGUGGAGGAGCUGGCAGCGACCCUGGGAGCCACGUCCAUGUGCCUGCACUGCCGCCUCGUGGAUAUCCCCCCCUUCCUGCUCUACUCCUCUGCGGGUUACACCACCUUGCAGCAGGACCACCCCCUUGCACCGCUGCUCACCUUCCAGCGCAGGAGAAGGCUCAUGCAGAGGGAGUUGAGUGGGAGUGGGGGAGAGCAGGAGAGUGGGGAGAGUGAGGAGGGGGUGGAGGGGAGGGAUGAGGGGGGUGUGUGGAAAGAGGAUGGGGGGUUGUGA